ACAACCCACAACUUGGUCGGAGGGAGAAACUAUAAAGUUCCCUGAAAAGUCAAGAGGGAGAAGGAGAGGAGAUUGCAGCAUGAGAGAAGAGAGCCGUACUUGUGUGUCAUUCCAAAACAUGGCGUUGACUGGCUGUACGACGCCAAAGGAGGCGCCCACAGAGAUGAAGAGGAAAAACUGGAGGAACAGAAUUGGAUUUCUUUUGAAGACUCACACUUCCAAGUCAUUAUUACAUCUGAAGAAACGAUCUUACAGGCCGACGGCUGAUGACGUGCAGCAAUGGGCGCAGUCGUUUGACAAACUCCUCGGCCAUGAAUACGGGAAAAGGGUGUUUUGGGCCUUUCUGAAGACCGAGUUCUGCGAGGAGAACAUUGAGUUUUGGACAGCCUGCGAGGAUUUCAGGAACGUCACGUCGUCCAAGGCGCUGGCGUCCAAGGCCAACAGCAUUUACGAGGAGUUCAUCAGCAGUGAAGCUCCCAAAGAGAUAAACCUGGAUUUCCACACAAAAAAUACCAUCGUCCAGAACCUCCGUGAGCCCACAGUGACCAGCUUCCUGGCAGCUGAGAAGAAAGUCUACAGCCUGAUGGAGAACGACUCCUACCCGAGAUUCAUUAACUCCAAGCUCUACAAAGAAAUGUGUGCCGCUGCCAGAGGGGAGGGCAGGCGCGUCGCGUCCUAGUCCAACUGGACACCCGCUCCUCCAGUCAUUUGUUUACCACUGUGACAAUGUGACCGGCCCGCUGAUGGUACCGCCUUGGGAUAAUAAUCCCAAAUGCAAAUCCUCAGCAUAAACAACGCCGUAAAAAUGCAGAUAAGCAUUUAUUUAUUUUUUCAGUGCUGAGAGCUGCGCAGGACGCGACCUGCUGAUGAGGCACUGCGCGCAGAUUUUCUUCCACCUUCGAUUAUUGUUACAUUUUAUAUCUCGCUGUUGGAAUUGAGGGCAGUGACGUGUUCCAGAAGAGAGUGUUGAAGCACAACUGUAUGAGGACCCGUGAUCACUGUCGAAACACUUUACUCUUUAACCGACGAAGCGUUUUGAAUGUAUUUAUACGCUGACAUCCACUUGAAGUCGUGCGUGAGCCUGGCUUUCACUGCCAUGUUGCUCUUCUGGAUUUGUUUGGAUCUGUUUGCACAAAAAGUACAAUUCUAACUUAUAAUAAUAAUACGUUGUGUAUUUUACAGUGUAUUUUCCAUGACAUAAUGUGAAAAUGUUGUGUUGUGAAUAUUGCUUGUGUUAUAUGUGAAUUUAAGAGGCCAGGCAGCUGGACUGCUCAAGAAAUAAAAUAUUUUUCAAUUCCAAAA